GAAGGGGCGGCCGCGCAAGCGCAAGCCCAAGGACCUCGAGAGCAUGACGGCCAGCCUCGAUCUGAACGCGGACUACCUGGACGUGCCCUUCCGCGUGGCCCCGGGCACCCCGGGGGGCAUGCCGGGCUCCAACGGGCAGCAGCGCACCAAGCGCAUGCGCACCUCCUUCAAGCACCACCAGCUGCGCACCAUGAAGUCCUACUUCGCCAUCAACCACAACCCCGACGCCAAAGACCUCAAGCAGCUCUCGCAGAAGACGGGCCUCCCGAAGCGGGUGCUGCAGGUGUGGUUCCAGAACGCGCGCGCCAAGUGGCGGCGGAUGGUGCUGAAGCAGGAGGGCAAGGCGGGGUCUGCGGCGGGCGACAAGUGCGUGGGCGGGCCGGAGGGCGCGGGCGCGGGCGGGGCCGACCUGGACGCUUACCCGCCGCCGCCGCCGCCCCCGCACGGGCCGGGCGCCGACUACCACCACGCGCUGGCGCACGGCGCGCCGCUGCAGGCGCACAGCCCGCCCUACAUUCUGGGCGGCGGCAGCCCGCCCUCGCUCGAAAUCAUCAUAUUUAAGAAGACCUCCAAUAUGCAGUUCGUGACUGUUCCAAGUGCGUUCUUCCUGUCGGAUUCAAAGCUUAUAAAUGAAAAAGAAAUUUUACUCAGUACCUAUCGUUUAUCGGUGGAAGAUGAAAAUAUAAAUACUCCCUGUCAUAAUGUUUUAACGCGUCUGAUUAUUAUUACAAUUGCGUAA